AUAAGACAGAUGAUGUGCAGUGAGUACGUAUGCAUGGAAUCAGAUAGCUCCACGGUUUUAAGUACCAGCUCCAGAUUUGAAGAGGUACACCUACCAUUUGGAUCUGAAGAAGCACCACACAUCAGUGAUAAUUGCCCGAUUUAUUUCCAUGAUGAAAAAGGCAUCGAAAAUCAAGAGUAUUUCCGAGUCACAGGUACGAGGUCCUAUUCACAGCUUUUCGGAGACUGAAAUCAAGUCUUUGCGUAAGAAGUUGUUGAAGUGGUAUGAUGCAAACAAGAGGGAUUUGCCAUGGAGAAACAUAAAAGGAGAAGACACUAAUCAUAAAGCAUAUGCCAUCUGGGUUUCUGAGAUAAUGUGUCAACAGACACAGGUUGCCACGGUGAUAGAUUAUUACAACAAAUGGAUGAAAAAAUGGCCAACUCUUGAAUCGCUUUCAAAUUCAUCUAUAGAGGAGGUGCGAGAAGUCUGGGCAGGUCUUGGCUAUUACUCUAGAGGGCAGCGUCUUUUAGAGGGCGCUCUCAAGGUUCAGAAUGAGCUUGAUGGUCAGAUUCCAGGAACCGCUGAACAACUUCAGAAGAAGCUGCCUGGUGUCGGCCGCUAUACAGCAGGAGCAAUAGCCUCAAUAUCCUUCAACGAGGCUACCGGUGUUGUGGAUGGCAAUGUGAUCAGAGUUCUUGCCCGGUUGAGGAUGAUAGGUGCCGAUUUUACCAGUAAGAAUGUCAUGGCAGCAAUGUGGGACCUUGCCAAUGCCAUCGUCGACCCAGACCGACCCGGGGACUUCAACCAAUCAAUGAUGGAGCUCGGGGCGACGGUCUGCACCCCUCAGGCCCCCCAAUGUAACACCUGUCCGGUCCAAUCCCACUGUAAGGCCAUAAAACAAAUGGAUCAUCUGACCAGGGACCCAGCUACCAAACUUACCAAAAGUAUUUUAAGUCAGCCACCACUGAAGAAAGAGGAGAUCCAAGAUAUUGAAUGUGCUGCUGAUGGAUGUACACUGUGUUUGGAUGGGCCUCCUGAUACUAAUCUCGGCGUAAUGAAUUAUCCAAGGAAACCUAAGCGAAAGCCAUUGAGACAGCAAAUCCAUGCUGUUUGCAUCGUAGAAAGACAGUUAAGUCAAGAAUCUGAAUAUCUCGUGGUGCAACGACCAGACACUGGCCUAUUAGCUGGGAUGUGGGAGUUUCCUAGUAUAGAGAUAGCGGAAGGUAUCUCUCCUAAGAAGAUGAGAAACAAGAUGGAUGACUAUCUGAAGGGCACCUUGAAUAUGACAUUGAAGAAUGUUCAAAAGAGAAGACACAUCUGUCAGUUUGUGCACAUGUUCUCUCACAUCCAACAAACCUACGAGCUAGAGACAAUGAUCAUUGAGGAGGAGGAGGGUGAUGGAUGUGAGAGAUCUCAAGAAUCUGAAGACACCCCACAUCAUCAGUGGGUAUCAAGAAGUGCCUUUGAGAAUCAAGCUGUAUCUACCGGUAUGAAGAAAGCAUUUGAAGCAUACAAUGGCAGGGCUAUUACUAAGAAAUCUGGAAAGAAAUCUAAGAAAUCAGAAAUGGAGAAUGGGAAUGCUGCCAAACAACGCAAACUCGACAGUUAUUUUACGAAGAAAGAAGAAAAGACAUCAAGGUAUUUCACAAAAGAAGAUUCAUGAUGAAUAUGUGUGUAGUUAGUGCCACAAUGUCUACCAAGUCUAGCUAACCAAUAACUGUAGUUCAUAGACAAAUAGAGUGGGUCAGACAAUGUCACUGGAUCUUUCCUGAUUUGGCCUGAAUAUGCAACUAGGGUUGCAAAGUAAACACAAUCACAAUUUGAUUUUACUCACUUUAUUUCAUUGUAAGUGCUUUAGGUCAAUGAGAAAGACGUAAUAUGAUAUGGGAAACAACCCAUACAGGAGCUGCAGGCAAUUUUGCUACCGAAACGCUCGAAAGUGGGCGAGUCGUGGUCUAGUGGUUCUGACUCUUGCCAUUCAAACAGAGGGUCGUAGGUUCAAAUCCUAGCCAUGGCAUG